UAAUUAUCAAUCAUUUUCUGACACCGAAACACAGACCCAAUUGACCCCAACAUAUGGCGCCACCAAAAUACAGGCUAUAAAUAAGAUAAAUCUGCCGAAAGGCAUGAUUUUACGGCACUGUUCGCCGAGUUCUUCGUACGCACUGUUGGACACCGGGUUCGCGGAGUCGAUGCCCAUCGCAACCACACGACGACCACUGACUGUCAUCUUCACGUGGAUGUUGGCGAAGGACAAACACGUCGAGAAGUACAGGCAGUUGUGGUAUAAGAAAGGCUUCGAUGUGUUGACCGUCAAGACAUCGCCGUUUGAUCUGCUGAUGCCUCCACUCGGCGGUCAAGUGGUGGCCAAGAAUUUGGUGCAAAGUCUGUCCCAACUGUACGCCCAAUACAACGAGAUAGUGGUUCACGCCUUCUCUGUGGGCGGCUAUCAGUUUGGACUCACUUUGAAUGAGUUGACCAAAAACGAGGACAACAAACACAUCCUGAAUGCCAUCAAAGGCAUAGUCUUGGACUCCAUGGUGUUCGCCGACGACUGUGCGCCGGGUCUGUCGCGGGCCAUCACAUUGAAUCCAGUGGUGCAGCCCAUCAUCGAGUCGUCCAUCAAAUUGUUUCUCAAGACCUGCAAACCGAUCGUCAAGUACUACGACAUCUGUGAGCGCAUGUACUUCCACCCGGCCCUCAAAUACUCGGGUCUGUUUCUGUACUCACGGGACGAUGUGGUGAGCUCUGUGGCCAACAACGAGAAGGUGAUAGACUUGUGGACCCGAUUGGGACACAACGUGCGCCACAAGUGUUGGGACACAUCCACUCAUGUCCUCCACUAUCGGGACCACCAGCAGGACUACGAGCAAGAGUUGCACCGAUUUGUCCAAAGUCUCAAACUUAGACACAACUAAAUCACACCAAUUGCUGGCUUAUGAUUGACCUGUCAUUGCAAUCGUUUUACUCGUU